AUGAAAUGCAUGUUGGAAAAACUUUCACUUAAAUCGAAUAAUAAAACUCAGCAACGACAAGCAAUAGUUGAUGAUUUAACAAUGGAUAAAAAUAUAUUAACUAUUAGUGAUAGUACAUCAACAGUAGUUAUUGAUAAAAUGACGAAUCUUGAACAAACAGUUAUUCAACGAUGGGCUGCUGGUGCUAAUCCAUUAGUUCAAAAUGUACUUGAGAAAUUUGAAAUUCGACAAAAAGAACGUGUUAAUGAAAUAAAUAAUGAUAGACAACUUUGUUUACAUCUUGUUAACAUUCUUCAAUCGUGGCUUCUUUUUGAACAAUAUGAAGAACAAAUAAAAUUAUAA